ACAAUCCAGACAAAAGCUAAUAGUUUCUUUUCCCCCAUGACACAUGAUGUCAGUGGUCAAACCCGAGUUGGCGUGUCUCGCACGAGAGUUGAAUGGGCUGACAUGGGAAGAACUGGUGGAGAUGGCCGUACAGCUUGGAAUGGACUUCAAAGAAGUGAAAAAGAUUGAGCCUGCAAAUCGGCGAUUGAACACCAUGAGCAUUUGGCUGGACUCUGACUCCGAGGCCUCCUGGCAGAAAGUGGUGAAGGCUCUAAGAUAUAUCAAACUCCAUGGUUUAGCCAUUCAGCUGGAGGAGAAGUACUGCAGAACUGACGGUUCUGAGAAAGGUUCUGGGACUACCACUUAUGCAGCCAAUAAUUUUGCUGAUGAUAAGGAAGUCAAGUCAAAGCCAUUUCCCCAAUCGAAGCCUUCAGCCGAACCAUCUGUCAGUCAACCCAAGCCAUCAUCGGAGAAAGAGGAAGAUUAUCAGUUUGUUGAGCAGCCAUCUAAAGACUUCCUCUGUCCAGUGACACUUGGUGUACCACUUGAGCCUUACCUUACAUCAUGUUGUGGUAAACAUCUCUCUGAAAAGGUAGCUACCAGACUACAGAUAGCAGAAGGGGCAUGUCCACGCUGCAAGGCAAAAAGUUUUACCACAAUGUUGGACUUGUACUUCAGGAAACAAGUUAAUUCACUUCGUGUGUUUUGUCGCUAUGAAAACAGAGGAUGUGGGUGGCUGGGAGAGCUGGGUGAAUUUCUCUCUCAUACACAGCAUUGCUCUAAGAAAGUGCAUCCACAAGUAAAUGAACAGCAGAUAUCCAAGUAUCGGGAAAAGAUUGUAGUUUCAGGUGUUUCUAUUUUUAGUAAGCAGUCAUUUUGGUACACUGGGGGGAAAAUGGACUUUAUAUGGGAAGAGGCUGGGAUCAGUCUGCAUUUUCCAGAUGCGAGUUAUAAGGAAGAAAUUGAGAUAUCCGUUUCAGUCGCCACUAACGCUGAUCAUCUCGGCAUCCUGCCACCAAAGUAUCGACUCAUGCCAGCAGCCAGUGCGACAUACAGGAUCACAGCAAGUAAUGUACUGCCUGCUCCUGCCCAAAUAAGAAUACAACAUUGUGCCAUCUUGCACAAAGAAAAUUCACUGAUAUUGAUGGUUGCACGUAAUAGGCCUCCUUACUGGUUUGAGCCAUUAAAUGAUGGAGAAUUUCCACUGAAAUCAGAUUAUUGCGAAAUAAGUACUAAAAAGUUUAGCUUAUUCCAUAUCGUGUGGAAUUUAUUGUUUAAUCGACCAAUGCGCCUUUCAGUUCGUAUUUUUUACCACAAUGACAAUACAGCAACAUUUGUGGUGACGAAAAAUCUUCCAACACACAUAGCAGCCGUGAAACAGACAAUCGCACACACUAGAGUGGAGGAUAUACCAAUCUCAUGCGAGUCUACAACUGAAUCAAUUGUUCUCUCUCUACCUAAAAUGUCCGAGGGAUGGCGUGUUACAUCGCACUUUGAACCAGCAGAAAUAAAAACUCUUGACAUUAAUACAUAUGUGCCUGUGCCUGGAAUAUCUUGCCCAAAAAUUAUUUUGUGCAUGGAGUGGAAAGGCAGUGGAAUUCCAAAAGAAGAAAGGGUAAGUAUUCCCAUAACUGGGGGGUCAUUGAGCUCCUUUUAUUUGCAAUGCAAGCCCAAACAGCAUGAGAAUGAACCUGUCAGAAUCCAUUCAGAGCCCCUAAUUGAAAUUCCAAGGUUAUAUAACUCACCUCACUUUUCCUAUCAACCAACUCUUCCACGGCUUCAAACCUUAACCACUGCAUUUGGAAGUGUCAGAAUAAUUGAGAGAAUUGGGGUAAAAAAUCACGAUCUUGGUAUAUGUCUACUCAAUGAUGAUACUGGAGCAAUAACUAGCAACAUUGAGGCCCAGUACGCACCAGACCAGAAUAGAAUCACAAAAGCUAUCCUCCAGAGAUGGUUGGAAGGAACUGGGAGGACACCACAAACCUGGGCCACUCUCAUUACUGUGCUGAGAGAGAUAGAGCUCAAAUCAUUGGCAGAAGAGACUGCUGCACUCCUAAUGCAUGUAUUCUCAGAGACACAGUCCAGUGUAAGUCUGCCAAAGAGAAGAGAUGCUGGAAUGACAUCAUCAGGGAAAAGUGUCAAAAGGAAGCGGCAGCAUGUUAAUCUUGCAUGCGAUAUUGUAAGUAGUAAGACUGACUGGGUCUAAAACCAUAUUUAAGUAGACCGGAAAUGAAGUGACUCUCUUUUUACUUAAAUAGGAGGAACAGCCCCAAUCCUACAAGAAUAAAAAGCCAAAAGGAGAGCUAGAAGAGAGGGCCAGGCAGCAACUUGAGCAAAAGAAAGCGGAUUUAAUACGCACAGAAAGAGAAGUUGCACUGGCUCGGGAGAACCUGGACAAAGUUCAAGAACAACAGCUACAAACUCCCAGUUCCCAGUCAGACACAAUUGUGGCUAUAGUGGGCAGGCCAUAUGGGGUGGCUUUUUUCAAACAAUCAGAGAAGAUGAUUGUCAGUGGAUGGGAUAAAAGCGCAAUCUUCUGUAUUGAAGACAAAUUUAACCAAACCCCUUUAAUUAAGGAUGUAUUACAACCUGCAGAUAUAGCGACUGAUAGUGAUGACAAUAUUUAUGUGACAAGUAAGCACAAACUGCAGAAGUACACCAGCAGUGGUGCACUAAAGGCCCAGGCUGGUGAUGAUGAGGAUCAUAAUGAGAAAGGGAAGUUUAAUGAUACACGUGGAAUAACAAUGUAUGAAAACCAAGUGUAUGUGUGCGAUCGAAAUAACCAUCGCAUUCAGGUAUUUGACCUUCACUUGCACUUUGUAAAGUCCAUCGGUUCCUAUGGGGACAGUAACGGAGAAUUAGAUGCCCCAUAUGAUGUAAAAUUUGACUAUGAUGGAAACAUGUAUAUAGUUGAGUUGGGUAACAGAAGAGUACAAGUUAUGAAAACCGAUGGCCAAUUCAUCAGAAUGUUUGGUCAAAAAAGGGUAGGAAAUAUCGGGCUCCCAACAGGCCUUCAUGUUGACAAAGACAAAAACAUAGUGUACAUAUCUGAUUUUGCCAAUGAUCGCAUUGUAGUUUACACAACAUUAGGUGAUUUUGUUACCACUCUUGGGUCACACGGUCUAAGAGUUGGUAAGCUGCAUUCACCAUAUUGUAUGACAUCUCGUAAAGGCAAACUGUAUGUAUGUGACUCUGGAAACGAUAGAGUUCAAACAUUUGAUCUUAUUAGUUCUCCCCAAUAGUUUUGUAUCUUCAUUGUUCCAUUUUGUUUCUUGUAUUAUUUCUGCUGUUAUGCAAUAUCCAAUAGCAGUUAUUAUUCACAAGGUGUCAAGCGUAGACCACCUGCUGUCACAAGGCUGCCAGCUUAGACCACACAUAAGCGGUUCUUCUUUCACUGUGAUUUUAAAAAUCAGGCGACAACAGUGCUUGCACGAUUCAUGGAUUGGAUGCAGUGAAUUCUGUUAUAGCCUGGUUCCAGGUAUUCCCUUUGAUCUUUUGAUGUAGCAGCAAGGUGCACUCCACCACAGACCAUUGCACAGCUGCUGUC